GCGGCAGCGGCGCAAGAUGGCGGCCACCACGGGUGCGGGAGUAAAAGUUCCUCGUAAUUUUCGUCUGUUGGAAGAACUUGAAGAAGGUCAGAAAGGAGUAGGUGAUGGAACAGUUAGCUGGGGCCUUGAAGAUGAUGAAGAUAUGACACUUACAAGAUGGACAGGAAUGAUUAUUGGGCCUCCAAGAACAAUUUAUGAGAACAGAAUAUACAGCCUUAAAAUAGAAUGUGGGCCUAAGUAUCCAGAAGCACCUCCAUUUGUAAGAUUUGUAACAAAAAUUAAUAUGAAUGGAGUAAAUAGUUCUAAUGGAGUGGUGGACCCCAGAGCCAUAUCAGUCCUAGCAAAAUGGCAGAAUUCUUAUAGUAUCAAAGUUGUUCUGCAAGAGCUUCGGCGUCUAAUGAUGUCUAAAGAAAAUAUGAAACUUCCUCAGCCACCUGAAGGACAAUGUUACAGCAAUUAAUUAAAAAAAAAAACAAAACAUGCCCCCCUUAUUCAACUUAAGCUGUCUUCAUUUUCCACAGUAGUAAAUUUUCUAGAUGCAUCUUGUAGACCUCAAAAUACUGGAAAGGAAGUUCCCAUUCAAAGGAAGUUUUUCUUGAGAUACUGUAAAUGAUACUAAUUUUUUUUCAUUUGAAAUAUAAGUUGUGCUAUAACAAAUAAUCCUGUCGUGUAACCACUGUCCACAUAGCUGAACUUCUGGUAUCAGGAAAAGUCUAUUUAAAUUUAUUACUGUCAAGACCAGUGUGGCACAUCUAACUUAACUGUGAAAGCAUACAUCCCACAAUCACCUUGCUGUGUGUCUGGCCUGAGUUUUGUUUUUUUUUUUUCUUUUUCUGUCUUUUGCAAUAGAGUCGAAGCUCAGGGCUAUUUAUUAGAGUAGACACAAAGGUUUUUGCUUCCAGUACUGCACUGGGCUUUAUGGACUACUAAUGGGGAUGUGUGCUAACCUCAGUCAUCCCUCCCUUUGUGCUAUCUCUAGUAAAGGCUGAAUGUGACUGUGGUCGUUUUUGGUUUUUUAUUAUUUUUUUUAAAUGCCCUGAUAAUCUGGGGCAAGCUUUCCUUCUUCCCUUUGGCCAAGGCAUAGAUUGUAUUUCUCUUCCUGGUCCCCCUCACCAGUGACGUGGGCUUUGGGUGAGGGAUUCAGGGUUCUUUUAAUCUCCUCCCUCUUCCCCUCUUUUUAGUGGGGGUGCUGCUUUCUUUUUGCCCCUCUUUGUGACUCUUCUCACCCCUGGCCAGCAGGGGUAAGCGUUGGGGCAAUAACUUGACCUGUUCCCUCCUGCUUAUCACUUUGGUUUUGCAACAAAUUUAGUCUUCACCAGCCUGGGAAACAAGAGUAUCUAUUCUGCUCGCAAAUUUGGAUUUUCCCUGUCCCUCCAGCACUGCUGCCACACCGCCAAGCUGGCCACGGCUGAUGUUAUUAGAUAGGCUUUUGACGUGGUGAAAAGAGCAGUAAUUUACCAGGAUUGCCGAAAUCUUCUGCUGCCAAACCGUAAUGGGGAAACUGCACACAGAGAUUCUGAACACACACUCCAGCUCAAAUAGUUGUAUUUUGGUGCUUUGGAUUGACCCGAGAAUGUUAACUAACGAAAUGUUGCACUUACGUUUGGCCCUUCUAAAGAUGUGACGACUACAGACAAAUCAAAUCAGUGUAGUAGAUUUUAUUAGGAUUCUGUAAGUCUUAGAAGAGAAAUCUCUUCAGUGAAGAUUUUGGGGAAGUGGUGCAUACAGCAGAUUAAGGACCUUUAUUGGCUUUGCAUCCUGGCAAAUCACUGCCUUUUCUGGUUUACUGUUUCGGACCACUAACUGCUGAAAUGUGGAUGCAAGCUUACAUACAACCAACCUAGUGUGUCCUAAGUUUUAUGAAAAAUUCAGUGUUUGUGUAAAAAAAGAAAAAAAAAAAAAAGAAAAAAAAAGAAAAAAGUAAAAAUAAACACAUUUUAAAGCAGCAGCUAUCAAGUCAAUGAACAUUUGAUGUUUCCAUUAACUCUUUUGAGGAAGAUAUUAGUUGUAAGGAUUUAACAUCCUCUGUAAUUAAAGUUUAACAUAACAGUAUUCCAUAAGCAGCCUUUUUAUUGUAUCAGACCAUUGCCUGAUUUUAAUAUAAUAAAAAGUGUGCAUUAAUAUUAGAAGGCUUUAAUUGUAUUUAUGUUUAGAUUUUUGAUCCCUUAUGGAAUUCUUGAUUUGUUGGAAGUAUCUUCCUACAGAUCACGUUUAGUUAACAGUAUGUAAACUGGUGGCGAAAGGCAAUUGUCUUUAUCCAGCUGCUGCUGCUGUGCCACAGAGAAUCUUUAGUUUUAGUUUAAACCUCAGACUCCCAUAGACUUGGCAGUUGGUAACGUUACAUGAUCCUAAGGAACCGCUGAAACGAAUUUCUAGAUACCUGUGCUGUCUGAAGGUGCUCUGUCAUUGCAAUGACCUUUAUGUGCUGUAGUCCUGAGGAAAUCAGAUCCAUACAGUUGCACGUUACACUGUCUGUCAAGUUCAAGCAGAACUUCACAACCUGAAAUUUUACCUGUUUUCCCUCAAAUAGUGGAGUGUGAAAAGCUGACCUUCUCUCCAAAUCUGGAUAAAAACGAGGCUGUGAAAUUUUGGCCUUUUCCAAGUGUAAAGUGUCUCCACUUCAGAGGAUUGCCCGAAGGUACUCGUUGUGCAUUCACUUCAGUGUUGUGGUGAAACAAGGUUCUUCCUGGGUUUGGAAUGAAAAAGGGAAUGACCUUUUGUGAAACUUUGUGAAACUUGCUGCUGGCUUCUAGCCUGGAAUACUACUCAAUCCUUUGGUAGCUCGGAGGGUAUCUGUGAAGACAAUGCGACGAAUACUUUGUCAGCAUCGUGUGUGUGUGUUUAUUUAAAUAGCUUGGUAUCUAAAGACGUUAAUGGGAAUUGGAACAAUGCUUGAUAAUUAUAGCGUGCUGCUUGAUUAUCUCUGUUUUUCAGAGCUCUUGUAAGAGUGCCCUUGCCCUGUUCGGGAGGAUAUGGUUGGUGCAUGUUUGGGGCCUCCCCCAACCUUCGUACUUCAAGUAACGAUUUUAAAACCUUGAAACUGGUUUGCUUUGCAAGUUGUACGGGCUAGAGCAUUCCACCCUGACCUGGGCCAUGCUCCGCUGGGAGCUGUGCUGGCAAGAGCCAUGUGUUAACAACAUUUGCCAUACGAAGUUGGGUGGUGCUUUAAAAAAAAGAAGGGGUUCACUAUAAAUUUUCUCACCUAGGAGUUGCACUCUUUGAACACGUCAGCGCUCCAAUGCACUGCUGUUCCGCUCUCGACCAAGUGGGAGUGGUAUGGAAAAAUAACGCCCUAAGAGUCAGCUGCCAUUGAAUCUACAUGUUGUAGCUUUGUCAGUGUAUGCAACCUACAAACUACGUAGUGGAAGAGACCGGUUGUCCCACCACCUGGUUGCUUGUUUGUGCUUCAAAAAUGAGGUGGGGAAAUGAAACCAUGUCUUAUCUGUAUUUAUCCUAACUCUGGCAAUGUAAAGGCAAAGUGUUUAGUUGAUCCCUGCUGACCCUCAGUUUAUGUCCUGAACCAGUGUCUCUUAAGAGAAAGAUAUGAAGGGAUAAUAAAUAAAAUAAGUGGACUGGCCAUAAAAUAAGUGCUGUUCCUUGGAGCAGUGCUGCUGGAGGUGGCUGAAGCAGUGCUCAGGGAGGAGAUGGGUUUGAGCAGGAGAUCGCCAUGCGGCUGCCCCUUACGGCUUCCUGCAGAGGGUCUGUGAGCCAUCCUUGUACCAAACGUGCUGGCCACUUCCAGUAAAAACCCCUCACCUGCCAGUGCUCUCCGUGGGUGUGGAGCGAGCUUUUGGCUCGGCUCGUAGGGUGAAGGCGGUAGAGGGAGCUAGCAAGCUUUACAAGGCUUGGGUCUGAGUAAGGUGCAAAUGCUGCUCAGUUCAACUGUUAAGUCCUCUUGUGGGAACCGCUUUUCAUAUUUAUCCUGAAUCAAUUUCAAUUUUAAAAGCCUGUUUAUCAUGACUUUCUCACUGUACAGGCAUUAACUUGCUAGGGGGAAAACCAGCACUGCAGUGAGAUUUUAAUUGUUAAUAAAGACUAAUUGUUGUUUGCU